UUGGCCGUGCAUCCGUGUGGUUUCUUUGUUUUUUAAUAAUUCUUCCAAUUUCCUUAAGUACUCAUCAAAUGUCUCUUUAAUUGAUUCUUCCUGCUUGUAAAUGAUCUAGGCUUAGUCAAACACCUGUCUUUUUGGCGGGCAAAGCAACAAAUCUACUCAUCACUUGUCAAAGGUCAAAUAACAAUCUGAGCGACUUACAGCAAAUAUGGAAAGCUUUCAAAACGCUUAAAGAUUCAUUGUUGGUGGCAUUUUAGGCUUCAAAACUAACGUAUGUUGUCUUAAAAGAAGACUGAACGAUGUCGUACAAUGCGAUGUAAUCUCCAGUCUGUACAAUGAAUGACUUAGAAGGAAGAUCUACCAGGAGUUUGGAGCGACAGAGAAGCAAAGCUACGUUCUCCCAAGGAUGCACUGCAGUAGUGAAGAGUGGAUAUUUGUGGAAGAUUUCUCAUUAUCCUGGGAGAACUUCAACCCGAAGCAGAUACUUUGUGCUAACCAAGAGCUCCCUUGAUCAUUUCAGAAACCAUAACAGGGAAAAACUCAAGGGAAGUCUUCCAUUGGCUGCUAUAGAUGCUGUGGAGAAACUGCAAGAAGUUAACAACUCCUUAAAAAUCACAGGCCCCUUUAAACACCCAUUGAUUUUACAAGCAUCUGGAAGAGAAGAAUGUGAAGAAUGGAUAAAGGCAAUUGAAAAUGGAAUUCAACAGUGGUGUUUAGAUUCUGAUGCCAACUCGUCUUUGCAGAAGGGAGAUGAAAUAGAUAAUUUACAAAGUUCUUUGAAUGCAGCACCCAAGAUGAAGAUGCUGUAUCCUUCUUUGUUUUGUCCUGUUGGUGAUGGAGUGUUGAUUUCAGCUGCCAAUGAGCUUCAUCAGGAGUUUCCAAUGAUAAAGUAUGCACGAGUUGGGAGGUCAAUUCCACAUGAAAGAGUCUUUAAGCUUGACAAAGACAACUUGCAUAUCAUGUGGAAAAAAAGAGGAAAAGGUCAUAGCUUUUCUUUUGCCAACACAUUGUAUUUAGACAGGGUAAUUGAGGUACGCUGUGGCCAGCAGACAAAGAACUUUGUGAAGUUCCCUUACACUGAAGUUGAAGAGCAGUCUUUCUCACUGAUGUUUGAGAAACAACAAGGGGAAUGGAGUCAGUUAUGUUCCUUGGAUCUCAUCUGUGACUCAGAAAAAGCUUAUGAGAAGUGGACCAGUGCAAUGAGAGAGGUUAUUUACAGCAAGGAUCAAAGAGUAAACAGGCACAAAUUUGAUGGUGUAGAUCCAGUUGUGCUCUGGUUAAAAAGACACUGGUCAGUGAUGUCAUCCAGGCGUAGCAAGGGAAUUUCAUUGGACCAGGCUCUGUCAUUUGCUCAACAGUGCUGCAGCCUCACUAAACGGAAACUAAUGAGAAACUGUAUUAAGGAUGUACUUGAAACACAGUGUGGAAUGGCUCAGCACAACGAGAAUCUGCUGUGGAACUCCUUUGUGAUGCUUUUUAACUCUCUCAAUGAACAACCAAAGUUGCACAAGAUAUUUAGUAAGUAUGCAAAGGAAUCCCCCAACCUUGGUAUGACACCAGCUGAGUUUGCAGAAUUUCUUCACAGAGAGCAAGGGGAAACUCUCAGUCUAGCUGCUUGUGCAAAGCUGAUGUCAGCUCAUGACAAGUUCCAUAUGAUAUACAAGCAGAGAUGUGCAGGAGACAAUCCAGAUUCUUUCAGACUGAGUAAAUCUCUUCUAUCGUAUCAUGGAUUUCUGAGUUAUCUUAGAAGUGAAGACAACUCUUCUAUCAAUCCAGAAGAGAAAAUUGUUCACCAGGACAUGGAUCAACCACUGUCUGAUUAUUUCAUCAACUCAUCUCACAACACAUAUCUCACUGGACGGCAACUGAAAGGCAAAUCCAGUCUUGAGGCUUAUGUAAGAGCUUUAUUGCAAGGUUGUCGCUGUCUUGAACUUGACUGUUGGGAUGGCCCAGAUGAGCCUGUGAUAACACAUGGACUUACACUCACAUCUAAAAUCAGGUUCAGAGAUGUGGUGCAAGUUAUUAAGGAGUAUGCGUUUGAGACAACAGAACUCCCUUUGAUUUUGUCCCUGGAAAACCACUGCUGUGAACAACAACAAGUGAUCAUGGCUGACAUUUUUGUGUGCGAGCUUGGUGAUAUGCUUGCAACACAUAACCUCUGUGAUGAGUUGGGUAUCAACACUCUUCCUUCACCCAAUCAGCUCAAGAGAAAAAUUUUACUGAAAGGUAAAAUUAAAGUCAAGAAAAAGCACAAGAUAUCAACUGCUAUUACCCCUAUACUCUCAGGUCUUACUCCAAGGGUAAAAAAGACCAGUAGAGUGCUAGUUUCAAGUCAGUCUGAAGCAAUGUUAGCAAGAACACCAUCCUCACAAUCGCUGGGUGCUAGAGUAAGAUCUGCAACAACUACCACAAUGACAGAUGAUAAGAGCUCAACAAGUGAAGAGCAGUAUCCUAUAGUUCCAUUAGAGGAUGCCAUGGGAAAACUGAUUGUGUAUAUGCGCGCAGUGCCUUACAAGAGGGGUGAAGUCUCUGGUGAUUGUUGUGAGAUGUACUCAUUUAACGAUGGAUCAGCGCAAGAUGCCAUUACAGGACAUCCGAGAGAUAUUUUGUAUUUGGCCAACAAGCACAUUGUUAGAACGUACCCCAAAGGAUCACGAGUUGACUCGUCAAACUAUAAUCCGCAGACCAUGUGGAAUGCUGGUAUUCAGAUGGUGGCGAUAAACUUCCAAAAACCAGAUUAUGGCAUGCACCUGAACCAAGGAAAGUUUAGGAAAAAUGGAGGGUGUGGUUUCAUUUUAAAACCCGAUUCGUUGAGAAACAGAGAGAGGUCAAAUUACCACCCGAUGAUGAAGGAAAGCCCAAAGAAUGGAAAAUCAUGUUACUUCACAAUCGAGGUUUUAUCAGGACAAUACUUACAUCUUGAUCAGGACUCUAGUCUUCCGAUUCGUGUUGACAUCGAGACAGUUGGUGUUCCACAAGAUUGUGGGAUCCUCUGCACAGAGCCAACUAUAAACAAGCUGAAUCCUCAGUUUGAGAAUGCCAAGCAUCUCUUUAAAAUUAUCAUGCCGGAACUGUGUCUGGUUUACUUCAAAGUUCAUUUACUGAACAGAAACAAAAGCAGACUUCUUUUUCAAAACGUAAUUUCUUUGGACAGUCUAAGACCAGGACUUCACUACAUCCGACUACGAAGUCCAACUGGUGUUGAGAUUCCCCACACUGGUCUGUUUGUUCGCAUCAAGCUUCAAGAAUUUGAGCCGUCCUCUUGUCUUGUUAAGGGCACUUCACGAGAGAGACUUCUCACGUUUUAGAUGUAACUCAGAUCUGUUCCCUUUUCACUCCCAAGAUCUCAUUACUAAUUCUCUGUACUAUCUGCCACACAACAUUUACGAUGUUAGUUCGGAGAGCCUGAUAUUGAACCCACUAAUAAUCGCUUAAUUUAUAUUCUUCUUUAGUAUAAUUUCAGAGCUGAGCAAAGAGUUUCCAGCAAUCUGAUUGGUCGAGCGGUUCCUUAUA